UUUCAGCCGAAAUGCCUACUAUGGUAAUGUCACAACUGCCUAAAUCAUCAGGCAAUGCGCGAAAACGUCAAAAGAACAAAAACGACCACAUUGUCGCAAUCAGCUACAUGUACGUUGGAACUCCAAAGAAAAAGUUCACCUUCUAUGUUCGAGAAAGAAUGUUGUAUCGUUCGAAUGUGGAAGUUACAUACGAGGAUGUAUACAACUAUUUGGCUACAAUUUCCAACGACGAAACUGUUUCUUUGCAUUAUUCUGUCAAUGGUUUGUACGUGCCAAUCACAACUACUGGACAGCUUCACACAUUUAUUCGCCAUGUUCAUAAUGAUCCUACUGCAUUUCUGUACGUAGAGAAUCAAGAUUACGUAUGGAAUGUUACGCCACAGAGCAAAAGCCACAAAAUGGAGAAGCGAGUUCCAAAUGGAGGAGCUACUCCGAUAGAUGGAGACUCUGAACAGUAUGAUUCAACGGAGGACGAAGAAGUGUCUCAUGUUGAAGAUGAAAAUUGUGAUUCUGAAGAAAUUAGUCAGGACGAGGAAGAAUAUGAAGAUGAAGAAGGUGAAGAAUAUGACGAUGAUGAUGAAUCUCGAAUUGCGCCAAUUCUAACUGAUUAUACAGCUCCAAUGAUUGUUAGCGACAAGAUACCAUUGAAAGAAGCUUUUGUAGAGCCCAAACCACGUGGUCAAACCGGUCAGCAACAGGAUACAGAGGUGAAACAUCGAUUGAUACGUAUUGGAGAUCCACUCGCUUCACCUGCUAAAAAAUCCCCACUUUCCAACCGUCAAUGGACAGAAUCACAAGCAUACCAUCACGUUAAAAAUAUUCUAUCUGAUACUUUAUCCAAAAAGUCGAUGGAUUCAGCUCCAACACUGAUAGCCGAACAACUCGUUCGAGACGUCUGGAAUCCCUCAUUCCCAUAUAAUGAGAAAGUACACGAAGAUACUGUGGCUCUUCUCGCUCAUAGUCUGGGAACCGGUCUUCUCCAUUAUUAUAAUAGAAUUUUGUCGAGAUAUGCUCCCUGUGAUAUUUCUUCCGAUUAUUCGCCGCGAAUGGAAAAACUUUUGAAGGAAGAACUCAUGCCCGCACACGAUCCAGAGUUUCUGAUAGAACUCGUCGAGAGCGCUACAAUUGUUUGCUGUGAUAUGCUUGAAAGUGUACAACAUUUGGCUCAACUUCAAAGACAAUUCGAUUAUUUCAACAAUAUCAACGAGAAAUACGUAAAAGCUAAGCCCAACGAGAAGGAUCCACUGCCACCUCUUCACGAUAUGUAUGAGAAUUUGAGAACUGCUGUCACUUCUGCUUAUUUUGGUUUCAAUAUUUUGGAACCAAUGUUUCCACCAGGAUGUGAAUGCAAAGAAGCUAUUCGUUUAGUCACACUUGAACUUCAAAAAGUUCAUGUUGCUUUGAAAGUUGCUUUGAUGUCUUCUAAUAGUCCACAAUAUGUAGAUGAAGUGAAACGUUUCAGUAUUGAAAGUAUUCACUCUAUUAUUGGAAAAUUCACUACCAAAGUAUGCAGUCAACACAACACAAUUGAACUGGCUCUUCGUAGUUCUGAAGUAUCGAAAUGGCGAAGUAAUGUAGAAGUUGGAUUUGAGAAUUGGAUACGUUUACGUGAUAAGGGUCUCAGCCAUUCACAACUAUCUUGUCAGCUUUAUGAUACUCUUCUUGUUCGUCCAACUCCAUAUGCACUGCAACCAAAAAUCUGUACUUCUGUGGCUGAUGGUGGUGGAUCGAAACCUUCAGAUGAUUAUGCUGAUUUAAUUUCUAAACCAUUGAAUUCCGGGCUUAAAACUGGCAAUUUUCAUAAUAUGAUUGAUGCAACUCUUGCUGCUUUUGAUAAUCUCAGUGUUGAAGAGAAGAUAAUAAAAGAAACGAAUGGAAAAGCGGCUAGUAAUGUCGCUGCUUCUCACUCCACGGCUCCAACUACAACCACAACCUCUGGUGAAGCUUCAGGUGGUGGUCAGGCUACGAUUUCUAAGAAGAUGAGUCCCGAGUUGCAAAAGAUGGUCGAUAUGAUGUACAAAAAAACUCCACCACACAACUACGUAUAUCCGCCACCUCCAAAACCAGGUGCAAUACUUGUACCAACCGGUGGUCUUGCUCAUUGUCGUUGCUCGAAAAACUGUACAGAGUCAUUGAUGGAACCGGCCUACGAGUAUGUUGAACGCUUCAACGAACCCCGACAAACUGUUUGGGAGAAGACCAAGCAGAAACGUUUCAAGAAGAACUAGGACCCCUAUUUUCAUUCCGUAUAUCUCCAAAUGCUUUAUUAUUUUUCUCAUUUUUAUAACAUAUUCCCCUCAUUCUUUCCCCAAAUUAUCACUUUUAUUGUGAUCAAUCAUUCCUUAUCUUUUUUUUGAAACUUCUUUCAGUGCCCAGUAAGAAACCAAAUUUACCGUUUUUAGUCCAAAUGCUCCAAAUUUUUUUUGCUCGCUUCUUGUUGUUUUGUUCAGGGUUUUGGAUAAUAUAAUCACAAUUACAUCGUUGUUUAGUUGUUUUGCAUAAUCAAUUAUUUCCAUUUCCAUAGGUUUUCUAUUUCUUUCAAAUAUCGUUUCAAUCCAUUUCAUUGCCGUUUCUCUACCGCCUUUUUCCUGCAUCUCUUUCAUUUGAAUUGUGCAUUGGAGUACAUAUGUGAACGCAUUGAAUUUCAUUUUUUUAGAAGAUUUUUCUGUGUCAGUUAUAUCACCUUUUAUUCCCGCAUCACAAUUCCCCCCGUCCACACCGCCAUUUGAUCAUCAUUUUUUCUGAAACUUAAAAUGAAUUUUAUGAGUUGAGAAU